AUGAAUUGGGCUCAAUUUUUGGAGAUCUUCUAUGAGAAAUACUUUCCACAGAGUAACCGAGAUAGGAAGGUGUCAGAGUUUGAAAACUUGAAGCAAGGAAACAAGACCAUAGCGGAGUAUGAAGUACAGAAAUAUGUGGAUGUAUUGGACAAGGCCAUCAUAGCGAAAGGUAACCAAGCCAACCACAACUGGUACUCGGAUUGGAAGGGCAAAAGGCAAGGCUCCAUUGUGCAUAAAGGUUCGGCAUCCUCACAAAGUAAGAAGCAAAAUUUGGGAACUUCCAACACUUCAGGUUCUACUUGUGAUUCGUUACCAACUUACCCAGAGUGUGGAAAGAAGUGCCAGAGGGUUUUUUAUCGAGCAUCAGGAGCUUGCUUUAAUUAUGGAAAGACGGGGCAUAUGGUGAGAGAUUGCCCUAUGUUUGGGCAACAAAAAGGGAAUAGGCCAUCAGCUAGUUUAGCCGGCUCCACUCCUGCAACAAAGACCCUGGCAAGGCCUAUUACUUCUAGAGACAACGUUAGGCAAGGGGGAGUCUUUGCUCUUGUUCCGGGUGAUGUCCAAAAUUCAGAUGCUGUGGUUUCAGGUACGCUUUCCAUCAAUGGCCAACCUGCUAAUGUGCUACUUGAUUCGGGUUCCACCCAUUCCUUUGUUUCAAAAACAUUUGCUCCUAAUUUGAAUAGAUAUAUGGAACCCUUGAAUUAUGUGUUGUGCGUGUCUCUCCCAUUCGGGGACUAUGUGUUGUGUGCUUCUAUGUAUCCUGCAUGUGAGCUUUUACUUAAAGAUAUUCCAUUGUGGGCUAAUUUGAUGCCUCUUGAUAUGGUACACUUUGAUAUAAUUUUGGGAAUGGAUUGGUUAGCUAAGUAUCAUACAACCAUUGAUUGUGUGUCUAAGCAAGUUGUUUUCCGCCCACCGGGUCAAGAGACAACUGAGGUGGGUGUUGAAAAUAUUCAAAUUGUUAGUGAGUUUCCAGAUGUAUUUCAUGAAGAAUUUCCAGGGGACUUGAUAGAUCGUGAGAUUGAAUUUGUCAUUGAUAUUGUACUGGGUACUCAACCUAUUUCGAAGGCUCUGUACAGAAUGUCUCUGGCAGAAAUGAAGGAAUUGAAAAUACAGUUGCAAGAAUUGCUUGACAAGGGGUUCAUUUGA